AGCAGGGCUGGCGGUGCCACCAUGCGGAGUGUCCCUGGGGCAGGAUGCCUGCUGCUCUGCCUGCUGCCGGCCAUUCUCAGGGCCCAGGCUGGUGGGGAGGCAAAGCUCAGGCCUCCGCCAUGCCAGCAGAGUCUCACAAAGGUGUCCUGCAGGGCUGCUGAGCUGCACAGCUUUCCUGAAAGUCUUCCCCAAGGAGUGAAGCACCUCGAUCUGUCCCACAACCUCCUGCAGAACCUGUCAGAGAGCCACCUGCCUGCACUGGGGCAGCUCGAGCACCUGGACCUGUGCUCCAACCUCCUGGAGACCAUCUCAGGGCCAGUGCUGGCCCGGCUGCCCCGGCUGCACACACUGCUGCUGGGUUCCAACCGCCUGCACCAAAACUACCGGGACAAUGCAAUGGCUUUCAGUGCACUGCGAGGUACAGAGAUGCUGGACCUAUCAGCCAAUGGCUUGGAGAACCACAUGGUGGGGGGCUUCCUGAGUGGCCUCACUGCACUGCGGGCACUGCACCUGUCCGGGAACAGGCUGAGCCAGCUGCCAGCAGGCAUUUUCCAGGGCUCCCCGCAGCUGAGUGAGCUGGACCUCAGCAACAACUACAUCAUGGACAUCGAGGAGGGAGUGUUCGAGGCACUGCGGGAGCUGGCGGUGCUCAGCCUGGCCCUGAACUCCCUGCACUGCCUCUCCAGCUUCAGCCUGCGGCAGCUGCAAGUACUAAACCUGAGCCACAAUGCCCUGGAGAUUUUUGGCUGGGAGGAGGGACAGGGGCCCUACCUGCUCCAGGUGCUUGACCUGAGCCACAACCGGCUGCUCUUCUUCCCACAGCUCCCGGCUGCACAUCACCUCGUGCACCUCAACCUCUCCCACAAUGCUAUCACUUCACUGGACCCCAGCUCACACCACCCAGCACAGUUUGUGCUGCGCUAUGAGGAGAUGGCGAGCUUCAACACCUCACUGGGCACCGCAGCCAGCCUGACCCGCCUGGCCAAGCUGGACCUCAGCUACAACUGCCUGCAGCUGCUCCCACUGCUGUUCUUCCGUGCCAUGCACUCCCUGCUCACUCUCAGUGUGGCCAUGAACUGCCUCCAGGAUAUCACCAUGGAGCUGGUGACUAGGGACGGGGAUGGGGACAGGAAUGGCACAGCUGUGUGGCAGGAGGACACAGCGCUCUCUGUGCAUUCCAUGGACCUCCAUGGCAAUGCCAUCCGUGCUCUGCCCCAUUGGUUCUUUGAUGUCCUGCCCCAACUGGAAGCCAUUGACCUGGGCUCCAACAGCCUUCAACCCUGUGGGAGUGACAUGGGCAGCACUUCAGGAGGGGGCUCUCCAGGGGCAGAACCCUGCACUGCCUUCCACAGCAUCCCCCACCUGCAGCACCUCAGCCUUCGCAGGAACAGCCUCACCCAGCUGCUGCCCCGCACCUUCAGCCAGACCCCACUGCUCUCCUUGGACCUGUCUGAGAACCGGGGCCUGGCUGUACCGUGGGCGGUGCUGGAGGGUCUGGAGCACUCCCUGCAACAGCUCUGGCUGCAGGGGAACCACAUGGACAACAGCAGGGCUGAGAUCCCCUGCCUGGAUGAGCUCAGGGUGUUGGACCUCUCAGACAACAAUCUAAGCCUUCUGCCCAUGGGUUUGUUCUGCUCCCCGCUGCAAACCCUGGAUGUCAGUGGCAACAAGCUGCCAGCGCUGCCUAAGCAGGCACUGAUGAGGUGGACCCACAGCCUGCAGGCACUGUGCCUAGCAGGGAACCCCUUCCACUGCUGCGAGCUGGGCUGGCUGGAUGAGCUGCAGGCAGCUGGUGUGCAACUGCCUGACUUGCACCGCGCAUGCUGCAUCCACCACAGCAUCACAAACAGGACAGCACCACUCAGCAGCCGCCCGCCGUGGCCAUGCCCGCAGCCCUGGGAUGGCAAAUUGGUGCUGGUGCUGGCAGCCUUGCUAGGUGUCCUGCUGUGUGCGGGCUGCGGGUUGUGCUGGCUGCGGGGCAACAGGGUGGGCGUCCUGCACCCCCAGCCCCAAACAGAGAGAGAGGCUGAGGGGGGGCCAGCGCACAGUGACACUAAAGUAUAGCCAGGAGAACA